AUGCUUAGAAGGAGGCGAUCAGCAGGUGCGCUUGCCUCAGGCGCGACACCGCAAGUGGCCAUCAGCACGAGCGCACCAGGGCUGACGAGCGGCCCGCCCCGCUCGGCAGGUGGGGCGUCGUCGAACGCACCUGGGCACCGCAUCCGCCUCGUCCCGCACAUCGAUUCGCGGCGAUCGCUGCGCUUCGAGCCCAUCCAGCGCGACGUGCGCGAGGGCGACACGCCGCUGCGCAUCGGCCGGUUCACGGACCGCUCGGGGCUGGGCAUCGCAGCGGCGAACGCGAUGGGCUCGAACAAGCUCGCGUUCAAGUCCAAGGUCGUCAGCCGGAGCCACGCGGAGAUCUGGGUCGAGGCGGGCGGCAAAUUCUUCAUCAAGGACACCAAAAGCUCGAGCGGGACGUUCCUCAACCAUGUGCGGCUCAGCCCUGCGAACUCGGAGAGUCGGCCACACGAACUCAAGGACGGGGAUAUUCUCCAACUGGGCGUCGAUUAUCAGGGCGGGACGGAGGAUAUAUACAAGUGCGUCAAGAUCCGCGUGGAAGUGGGCAGGGAGUGGCAAGCCGCUGCCAAUGCCUUCAAUACGAACGCGCUGAAGCAGCUGAAAGCACUUGCGAUCCCGUCGACAGCCAAGGCUUCCGACAAGAAAACUGCACCCAAGUCUGGGCUUUCGGACUGCUGCAUCUGCCUCUUUGGCAUCACCAUUCACCAGGCGCUCUUUAUAGCUCCAUGCUCCCACUCCUUUCACUACAAAUGUAUCCGGCCUCUGUUAGACUCUCACCACCCAGCCUUUUCUUGUCCAGUGUGCCGCACGUACGCAGAUCUCGAGGAAGACGUCGAA